AUGGCGCCACAGAAACGCAAACACCUACGCAUUGGGGUUUUCAUACCCGGUACAGUCCAACUCCUAGAUCUCUCCCCCAUCGACCUCUUCGCCAUGUUAUCCCCCACCUACCUCUCCGCCUGCACCCUCCCAACACCCAUAGUAUCCCUCGGCAUCCCCUCAACCAUCCACUACAUCUCCACGCCCUCAACAGACCACAUCAAACUCACAGCCUCGGCGUGCCUCCGCGUUUCCAAAAGCAUGCUCGACCCUGAGGUCCAACCAGGAAUGUUAGACAUUCUGCUCGUUCCUGGUCCGCCUCCCUUUCAGCCCUUUGAAGAGCCUGUGUUGGAUUUCCAGCGUAGGCAUGCUGGGGAGGAGACGCAUGUUUUGAGUGUUUGUACGGGGUGUUGUUUGCUGGCGCAGGCGGGGGUGCUGAAUGGGAGACGGGCGAGUGGACCGAGGGGGAUUGUGGGGGGGUUGAGGGAGAGGUAUCCGGAGACUUCGUGGGAAGAGGGGAGGAGGUGGGUGAGGGAUGGAAAUGUUUGGAGUAGUGGUACGUUUUCACUUUUGUGUCUUUGAUUGUUUCUUGACUCUUCCGUUUCUUGCUCAUCUUCAUUCAAAUUUUGGUACUUGUAUGGCGUACUGAUAAUGAGUACUCAUAGGUGGAAUUACAAACGGUCAGGAAAUGGUUGCGGCAUAUCUUAGACAUCACUUUCCCGGCCCGGCAGUAGAGGCUGUGUUGGCCAUGGCGGAUGUUGGAGAGAAGGGAGUUCAUUACUCUAAUGGUAAGGUUUUGAAUAAUGUAUGGUGGUUGUGGCAGAUCUUGAAAGCUGCGACUUUUGGAAAUGGUAGACCAAAGAAGAACUUGUAGGAAAGGAUAAAAGGACAUGAAUGCGAGUUUAUGAUGAGAGAGUAUAAUCUAAUCUAUUGUAAGAAACAUCGAGCUUUUCUGUAACCAAUUGAGAGAAAACUCGAAUUGGAUACAUGCAUACUCGAUUGCAAGUCCUGUUGUUGGUCUAUACUUGUGAUGGGCAGUUACCUGACUAGUUUAUAGCUACUCUAGCUAGUCUGACAGUCUGAUCUUUUGGGUGUUUCUUCUAGUUCAGGCGAGAAAGGUUGAACUAGAAGAGAAAGAGAGCACUUCAAGUAGAGAAAGGAGUUGAAAGAAGAGAAAACGCCUUGAAAUACUGUAGAGCUGAAGAAAGAUAGAAACAGUAGAUAGUUCAAGAAAUAAGUCCAUUGGAUUACAGCUGCGGGGCUUUGAUAGGUUGCACUUGCAGGUGAAAGAGGAUCGUGCCAAGCAAAAAGAAAUUCUGCAGCUGUAGCAACGGCAGCUAGGUAGUCAGAUUAGUGGGUCCCCCAUUAACGCUAAUGUACCUAUCAGCCUGAGGCUGCUAUCGUUUAUCAGGACCCUGGUGGACCCACCCUGGUGUAUUUGUCUCUGAAAAGUUCGUCCUCUCCAAGAUUUUUCUUGUACGACACUGCUCAGAUCUUCUUCAACUCCAAGAACUUGAAGACUUCCUCACAGGUUUCGCAUCGCCCGUGUAAAGCGACAACCUCCAGCGGUCGCAUUGAUAUUUUGAUUGGAUAUCUUCCAGCAAUCGCAAUCACCAUCACCAUCACCAUCACCAUGCCUUUCACUCCAGGUAAGUCGCUUCGCAUAGCUCAGAGCUUAGCUGCUGGUCCCCGCUGCCUGCUGCCUGCCCGCAUCUAUUGUGUAUAUUGUCAGUCGCAAAACAUCAUCUAACCACCAACACAGUCGCGUUCUAUGGGCUUGAGGUCCCUUGUGGCGAUGUCAUGGUUCCAGCAACCCCAGACUUCCCAGCCUCUGUGAGUUUGCGCAAUCUCUUCUUUUCCCUAUUGCUUCCAGACUUUCUUCUAUCUCACAAAAUCUCCUCUUUCAAAUUGCAAAUCUUGGCUUUUGCAGUCUAAUGGAGCUUCUGCUAAGCAUAAAUACCAUAGUUCCGAAUCACCAUGGCUGCUAUCGACCCUACCGAAGCUCCAAAGUCCGACGACGACAGUGCCAAUGGUACCGUUAUUCCUCGCGCUACCUUGAAGAUCAUCCGCACUAGUGACGAGGAUGAUGAGGACGAUGAGGACGACGAGGAUAUGCGCGCUCUUUUGGCUGAGAGUGACUCUGAAGACGAAAGCGAGUCUGACGAGGAAGCUAAUGGCGGCCCAAGUGACCCAGCCAAGUCCAAGAAGGCUCGUAAGGAGGCUGCUUUGAAACAACUCAUGGAGUCUAUCGGUGCUACUGAAGACUCUGAUGAGGACAUGGAGGAUGCCGUCAAUGGUAAAGCCGACAAGAAGGGAAAGUCCAAGGCCACCGACGAUGACGAGGAAGAUAGCGACGACGAUAGUGAGGGUUCUGGGGAAGAGCUUGAGGUUGAAGAAUUUGUUCUGUGCACUUUGGACCCAGAGAAGGUAAGAGUCUUUUUUCAAAGCACGUUGUAUCAACCAGCUGACAAGACUUUCAGCACUACCAACAAACCUUGGAUAUCACCGUUGGCGAGAACGAGCAGGUUUACUUUAAAGUUACCGGUACUCACACCGUCUACCUUACUGGCAACUUUGUUAUCCCCGACGAUGGACACAACCACCACCACGAAGUCUACGACUCUGACGAUGACGAGGAUGAUGAGUACGAUCUGUCUCCAAAUGAGGAUGAGCUCGACCUUCUAGAGGACGAUGAGGAGGACGAACUGGAUGAUUUGGAGAACCCACGCAUCACUGAGAUCGAGUCUGACGAAGAGGAAGCUCCAAAGCUCGUUACCAAGGCAGACAAGAAAGGCAAGAACAAGCGCGCCGCUGACGAGAUUGAGGAGGCUGCUUCUUUGGAUGAUAUCAUGGCCAAGUCAUUGAAGCCCGAAACCGAAGAGCCAAAGCUCAGCAAGAAGCAGAUCAAGAAGCUAAAGAAGAACAACGGUGAGGCCGCGGCAGCAAAGGUUGAGGAGGCGAAGACCCCCGAUUCCUCUGCAAAGAGCGACAAGAAAGUUCAAUUCGCAAAGAACCUCGAGCAAGGACCAACUGGUUCAGCGGAGAAGGCUAAGCCUGUUGCCCCCAAGCGUGCAUCCUUAGGUGUCAAGCACGUCGAUGGUGUCAAGAUCGAUGACAAGAAACUCGGAAAGGGCCAGGCCGCCAAGAGAGGCAGCAAGGUCGGUAUGAGAUACAUUGGUAAGCUCGAUAACGGAAAGGUUUUCGACUGUAAGUAUUUUGUGCUUCACCAUCGAUUAUCAAAGCUAAUGCUUCCUAGCAAACAAGAGUGGCAAACCAUUUUCCUUCAAGCUUGGUGCUGGCGAGGUCAUCAAGGGUUGGGAUGUUGGUAUCGUUGGUAUGCAAGUCGGUGGGGAGCGAAGACUUGUCAUUCCAGCAAAACUCGCCUACGGCGGCCAAUCUUUGCCUGGAAUCCCAGCCAACAGCCAAUUGACCUUUGAUGUCAAGCUGUUGGAGGUCAAGUAAAUCCUGUCUGGAUAAGGCACCAUGCCCAGGGCUUACCUGUGAUGAACACUCGAAGGCCGAUAAUCUACGGAGACGAAGCACUGCUUACGACCCUCCCCUCUUCUGUACAACUUUUCCUCACCCCUUUCAUACCAUUUUGCUACGGCUUAAUUCUUGUCCUCAUAUGUCCCUCUUUUGCAAUCAUACCAUCUAUGUUUUGCAUAGAACUCCGACCUGCGUGGUUCUGAUGAACCGUCAUACAUAAUGUCGACGGGAAGCAGAAAAAGCGAGAUGGGAUGAGGAUUUCUUCUGCAUAGCAUUACAGGCGUAUGGACAAAAGUUUGGGUCUGCUUUUCAUUUGCUAGUCAGUCUGUAAAAAGUUCUCUGUGCGCGCCUACUUGGUCUACUAGACAGUAGAAUAAAAAAGAUUAUAAAAC